UCUCCCAAUUGAUGUUCAACAUUUUCUCCUGUAACUCAUCUAAUGCUAAUUCAGUCAUAUGUUUACAUGUAUUUCUACAGAUUGCAGUAUGGGCUCUUUUCAAAAUCAUUAGGAGAAAGAGCAGUUCCAUAAUAACAAGCAUUCCACUGUACUGAUUUUUGAAUUAUGAAAUUAAUAUAGAAGCAAGACAUUUUCAUUGUAAUUUUGCAUUCUGUUGCCAUAUAGAUUCCAAAAUCAUCCGCAUCUUAUAUAAGAGGCAUAGAAGACACACACAGAGAAAUGCACUCCUAGUUUUUUUGUGACAGAACUGGCAUGAUGAACCAAAAAAAAAAAUGUGCUGUUGCAGAUGUUGGUGUCAUUUGAAGACCUUGCUGUGGACAUCACUCAGGAGCAGUGACAGUACCUGGACAGUUCUCAGAGGACCCUGUACAAAGAUACGAUGAUGGAGACCUACAAUAGCCUGUUGUUUUUGGGGUACUGCAAAAGCAAACCUGAGGUGAUCUUCAAGUUGGAACAGGGGACAGAGCCAUGGACAGUGACAAUUCCCCUAAAUUGGAGCCUGUCAGGAGGCCUGAUGAGAUGUGAGCUGCAGAGAAAUCUGAUGGCACUAAUGUACCUGGCAACUCAAGUGAACGUUGGGAGCCCAUCAGGCAGCCUCACAAGAUUCAGCCUUUUCAGCAGGUGUUUGAACACAGUGUAAAAGGCAAAGGGUUCAACAGGAAAAGGGUGUUCUUUACAAAUGAAAGGGCUCAUAUGGGAGACACCUGUAAUAAGUCAGUUGGCAUUGUAGGAAAGACAACUGAACAUGUAAAGAAAACUUUCCAGAAAAAGUCCUACCUCAGUAAACCUCAACAAGCACACACAGGAAAGAAACUUUAUGAAUCUUUUGAGUAUGAGGAAACUCUCAUUUACAAAUCAGAUUUUAUCACAAGUCAAAGAACACAUACAGGAAGAAAAACCUAUUCUUGUAACCCCUGUGGAAAAUCUCUCAAUUGUAAAUCCUGCCUUUCUAUCCAUCAUGGAACUCAGAAAGGGGAAAGGCCCCCUGGGUGCGAUGAAUGUGGGAAAGCCAUUUACCUGAGGUCAGAUACUACAAAUCACAUGACUCACACAAGAUGCAAAGCAUUUUAUUGGAAGUCACAACUCAUUCUACAUCAGAGAUUUCACACAGGGGAGAAACCUUAUCAAUGUAAUACAUGCGGAAAAGGCUUUCAUUGGAAAACAAUCCUUAUUUCACAUCAAAGAAUUCACACAAAGGAGAAAUCUUACAAAUGUGUUAUAUGCAGAAAAGCCUUUUCCUGGAAGUCAAAUCUCACUGUACAUCAGAGAAUUCACAUAGGGCAGAAACCUUAUGAAUGUAAUAAAGGUGGAAAAGCCUUUAUCCAAAAGUCAAAUCUAACUUCACAUCAGAAGAUUCACAUAAAUGAGAAACCUUAUGGAUGUGAAAUGUGUGAAAAAACCUUUCGCUAGAAGUCAAACCUUACUACACAUCAGAGAAAAUUCACACAGGGGAUAAACCUUUUGAAUGCAAUACAUGUGGAAAAGCCUUUUGCCAAAAAUCACAACUCAUUGCACACCAGAUGAUCCACAAAAAGGAAGAAAAC